AUGUCAACGUCAGACACAGACUCAAUUGACCCACUCGAGGUACGAGAAAAGCACGACAACAAUGUCACCAACCUAGACAUACAACCACCUCAAAACAACAAUGAGCAUGCAGAUGAAUUGUCACUACAUUCUGGCGGGUUUACGGGUGGUGCAUUAGCCAAAGAGCAAUCUGCCCGUAGAGAUUCCGCCAAAGCACGUCAACGGCAACUGGUGGGGUCCAUCAAACUUACGCAUAAGGAGCGGAUGACGGAGUAUAUAAAGGCUGCACCAAAGUUCAUUUGGGCAUACGUUCAAGUGUUUUGUAUUUAUGUCGGUAUUCUCAGUCUUUACUGGGGUACGCUAUACAAGCGACAAGAUAGAUUUCAAAACGUGGGGAUGUUAGUGGUCAAUGAUGAUACAUCUUUUUCUAACAACGGAACCGAAAUGCAAACAUACAUAUCUGACGCGUUUCUUGACUUGCUACAGUUGCCAGAAACCCGCCGUUUGGGAAAAUUUAUGGUUGUAAACACCACAGAAUUUCACGACUUGGCAAACUCUCACAAUAACACCCCGUACGAAGAAGUUGUGAGACAGAUACACCAUCAGAAAUACUGGGCUGGAUUCUACAUCAAGCCCAAUGCGUCACAACUAAUUUAUGAUAGCCUUGCAUCCAACAAUGCUACUUACAUGACACUGGGAGCAGUUAACGAUACUGUCACCGUGGUGUAUGAGACAGGGCGUCAUCUUUCCGCGUUGAACCAGUACCUCAUCAGAAACUUGAAUGCUGUAGCUUUCGAUUGGAAUACAAGGCUAAGUAAUAGCGUUUAUCCCGACAUUAUCAAAUCAUUGUCCUCAACUCAACAACAAAGUCUUCUUCAAAAUACAUCCAUACCUAUAUUCACUACGUUUCCCAUCCUCAAUUUUGUUGACAAUAGGCCGUCCUCAAACGCGGCUAUAUUAGGACCCUCUGAAUUGGGACUUAUUUACGCCCUUUUGUUUUCAUUUAACCAAUUUAAUUUCUCACUUGAAAUUUACCGAAUUAUGAGAGAAAGGUUGAAAUAUCACUCUUAUAUCUUUUACCGCUUUAUUGUCUCACAAUUGAAUGCGUUGUUGUUGGCAUUAGUAUAUGGGUUGAUGACAAUUGCUUUGAAAAUUCCCACAGAAGCUGCUUUUGGUCAUUCUGGGUUUGUUGUGCUCUGGAUGUUUAUAUACCUUUACUUGAGUGCCGUCGGUGUGAUCAAUGAGAUUGUGGUGCUGAUUAUCUUGGCUUUUGAGCAACAAAUAAUGAUGGCACCGUGGAUGAUUUUCAAUAUCGUUUCCAACAUUUCAGCCACUUUUGCUCCAUUCGUUUUGAUGCCCGGCUUUUAUAGAUUCGGGUAUGCUAUGCCAAUGUAUAACAUCUAUGAGGCAUUGAAAGUGGUAUUUUUUGACACAUGGAAGGGAAAUUUGGGAAGAAACUUGGGAGUGUUGAUCAUUUGGAUUGUUGUAGGGAAUGUGGUGUUGAUUCUCGUGUCCAAUUGGGCAGUGAAAAGAGCCCGGAGGAAACAAGCGCAGAAGUCUCAACAAUAG